CAAGCUCUCUCUCCUUUCUAAAUUUAUUUUUAUUUUUUUGGGGUUAACUCCCAAAAGAAAAUUUCUUGUUCCCUUUCCGACUCCCGAAUCCUCUUUCGAUUAUGCACUGAAUUUGAUCUCAAGAAGAAGAAGCAUUCUGAAUCUUCUGCUCCAAAUUCGCAUCAGAAGUAUUCAGCAGCAAAGCAGGGUUAGAGCAGUAGAGGAUGAUUAAGGCAGUGAUGGUGAUGAACACCCAGGGCAAGCCUCGCCUUGCCAAAUUCUACGAUUACCAGCCCGUGGAGAAGCAGCAGGAGCUCAUCCGCAGCGUCUUCACAGUUCUAAGUAGCAGGGCCGAGAAUGUGAGCAAUUUCAUGGAGGCGGAGUCCAUUUUCGGGCCGGACAGUCGUCUUGUGUACAAACACUAUGCGACACUGUACUUUGUCUUUGUUUUCGAUAGUUCAGAAAAUGAGCUUGCGAUGCUCGACCUGAUACAAGUUUUUGUGGAAACGCUAGACAAAUGCUUCAAGAAUGUCUGUGAGCUUGAUAUUGUCUUUAACUAUAGCAAGAUGCAAACCGUUCUAGAUGAGAUAAUUUUUGGUGGCCAAGUCCUGGAAACAAGCUCAACAGAGGUCAUGAAAGCUGUUGAAGAAAUAUCGAAGCUAGAAGCUGCUUCAAACGCUAUCACGCUUGUUCCUGCCAAAUAUGCUUCUGGCUGGAAUCGUCGAUAGAAUUAGUUUUUGCUAGUGCUACUCUCUUUUGGCUACAAUGGGCCUUCAGCCCGAUUCUUCCUGACUGGUUUGCUCCUGAGUCCUGAUGCUGCCAUGGAUUUUGGUCUAACACCCUAAUUCUCCUCUUGGAAGAACUCAUUGCAGAGGUUACUGGUCAGACCUUGCUGGAUGAUUGCAAGAAUUUAUAUGUAAUUCUGAACGGGCUAGAUCUCCACAGGGGAAAUUCUUGUUAUCUAGGUCGAACAGAGUCGACAUUCGAAUGCCCAAUUUUAUAUUGACUGGAUGGGUGUUAAUACAUGUGCCCCAGCCCAAGCAGUGGUUUUAUGAUAAUAUGUUUGGCAACGUUAAA